AUGCAUUACAAUGGCGCCAUGAAAAAGUUGACAGGAGUCAACGUAUGCUCGGUAGUUUCGAGCACUGUGGAGAUGGAUGCCUAUUUCGGUUUCGAGAGCUGUCGGAGAAUGGCAUACUGCUCAUUCUUCAGUGUAAUCAACAUGAAAGAUACAACGACGGCUUGUAUGAAGAGGCCGGCUGUGCGAGAGCGAGGAGCCGAGAAGGUGUGGGUAAAGGUCAAAAGAGAACCUUCGGGGAUGGUUCAACUAUCUUAUGUGCUCUUAAUGGUGCAUGCAUGCAGGACUUCAUGUUGGAAAGAAAAGGCUAUUCGCCGCGACAUCGAGGUUAUUACAAAGAUCACCGGGCAGGCUCUUACUGAGCGAUGUCAUUCUGUGUCUUUGCUAACUUCCCAGGAACGGGGCAGACAAGCGUAUCUCGCUCGAUGUUGCAGACUACAUCUGAACCUGACAUCGCGGACUGCCUACGUCCAGAUGCCUGACGUCGACAUCACUGUCAAGGCGAGACGGAGUAUCCCCCAGAUUUGCCAUCCCCAUCCGAAGCCCCCUUCGCCAUUUUACUCCCCUCUGGCUGUUUUUCACAGCCAAGAUAAACGAUGUGCUGGCGGUGUAAUUUUGACGGCGGAGCCGGCUACGGGGGUUACGGAGAGUUACAAGUUGCGGAAAGACGAAACGCAAUUUGUAAAAAUUAGCUUGCGAAAAGGUCCGAAGAACAGUGAAUUUCUGAAAGGAUUAGACCUUUUCCUCAGAACAAACAUGGAACUUCGAUGUCACUUCUUGUUGUCGGGAAGGGCAGUCUGUUAUAUCCCACAACACCUUUCAAAGCCCAGCGAUGCCAGGGCCUGUCCUUUAUUCGCCUUUCACCGGCAGUCUGUCGCUUUCUGUAUACAAGGCCAUGCGCAAGAGUGGAGUGUUCGGAAUAGCUUGCCUUUUUCGCAGUUCGUUCAGUACUUUCAAUAUGUCGCAACGUGUCGUUUGCCGACAGAUGGAGAAACCGGAUGGCGAUGCGUCAUCGUUAUACUUCUCCCGAGUUUCCAUAUCAGCACUCGCAUUUUGAAAUUGCCAAGGAAUUCAUCUGCACCCGGUUCCCCUAACACGUCUCAUUGCUACUGUUACCGAGCCGAGCACUAUGGUAUGGCUCAUGAAAGUCGCCUCGAUCUCAACCCAGAUGUAUAA